AUGGUGCUUAAAUUCUGUUCCAAGAGCAGUUUAGUUGCCCUUGUAAGUGAAGAUGAACAGAAAACUAUCCAAAGGCAGAAGAAACAAAAGGUAAGAAAAAAGUUAAAAAACAAAAAGAGAGCAGCCAUUCGGCUCCAGGCCUGGUGGCGUGGCACCCUGGUGCGCAGGACACUGCUCCACGCAACCCUCAGAGCCUGGAUCAUCCAGUGCUGGUGGCGGCUGACAGUCAGGAGGAUGCAGGAGAAGAAGCGGAGGAAAAUGCUGCUUGACUACUCACACAAAGAGCAAGCGGUGGUCAAGCUCCAGUCUCUGAUUCGGAUGUGGCGGGUCCACUGGCGCUACUGCCAGGUCCUCAGUGCCAUCUACAUCAUCCAGGGCCACUGGAAAUACCACAACUGCCAGUCCUGUUCUUUACUGCGGGGUCACUGCGUGAUCACGGCCACUCACCUGCAGUUCCACAUUGAGAUCAUUGACCACUGA